AUGUGCAUUGAGGAUGAAGUUAUAGUGUCUUGUCUGCAGUCAAUGAUACACAAAGUGUUGGAUUCAAGCUCGGAAGCGAAAAUUUAUUCCGCUGGGCGAGGCAAUCGCUGUCGUCGCUGUCACUGCUACGAUCGGUUUUGGAAUCCUGAAGCUAGCGCGUUGACGCUGCUUCGUCGUCAGCUGCUCCUCGAUGAACACAACAAAGCUUACGUCUUUGUCCGUGCUCUUACGAUCACGAUCAUGGAUUUGCUGUACUCGACUACGUUAUACCAGUUUGACCCGACGGAGAUCUUAUGCAAACGUACAUGGGACAACUGUUCAUAUACUUGCUCUGGACAAAGGAAGUCGCUAGCAUCAUUGGCAUCUAUCGUGAAUUCCACUUUCUUUCUUCUCAUGGGCUUUAGCUCGCCGGCCCAUUUCAUUCCUCAAGAUUACCAGUGGCUCUACUUCCUCACGCCGCAGCGUUUUUCGCUUGCCAUUUCUCGGUGCUUUCAUGUUCGGGAUUGCUUGGACGAGCCUAUUUACAAUGAAACAAUCACGAUGUCGAGCGGCGUGGAAUCGGAGCUCGAUUGUCAGCUCCUGGCGAACACUUCGGUGUCUACGGGUGCUAUCACCGUCCAGCAGUUCACUGAAGAUAUAUAUUUAGCAUGA